CGAGGGGCGCAGGCCCCGGAGGCCGCCUUCGGGCCGCGCUCCCGCUCCUGCCCCUGCUUUUCCGGCGGGAGCGGGGGGCGGGGAGCGGAGGGCCGCGCGGUGCCCGGAGGCGCCGCCGUGCAUGGCCCUGCGCAGUGGGGCGGGCUGCUUCGGCCGGGUCUGGCGCAGGGUGUCGGGGCUCCCGGACGCCUGGCCGCGGCGCUCCAGCAGCCUCCUGUGCCUGUCCGCCUUCUCGCCCGCGCCCGGGCCCGCGCCACCCCUGCCCCGCCGGCCGCCUCGCGGUGGCGGCGGCUGUGGCGGCCCCGGCGGAGGGGGGCACCCCCAGCCUCCCCGCCCCCCGCCUCCCCGCCGCCGCCGCUGCUGCUGCUGCUGCCGCCGCCGCUUACAACUUGGAGGCGGCGGCGGCGGCGGAGGCGGCGGCGGCCGCCGGGCGCUGCAGUGGGACGCGCGCGGCUGCGAGCCUGCGGGACAUGCCCCCCGCGCCGGCUCCCUGCUGGCGGCCAUGAAGAGGCAGAACGUGCGGACUCUGUCCCUCAUCGUCUGCACCUUCACCUACCUGCUGGUGGGCGCCGCCGUCUUCGACGCCCUGGAGUCGGACCACGAGAUGCGCGAGGAGGAGAAACUCAAGGCGGAGGAGACGCGCCUCAAGGGGAAGUACAACAUCAGCGGCGAGGACUACCGGCAGCUGGAGCAGGUCAUCCUGCAGUCGGAGCCGCACCGCGCCGGCGUCCAGUGGAAAUUCGCCGGCUCCUUCUACUUUGCCAUCACGGUCAUCACCACCAUAGGUUACGGGCACGCGGCCCCCGGCACGGACGCGGGCAAGGCCUUCUGCAUGUUCUACGCGGUGCUGGGCAUCCCGCUGACGCUGGUCAUGUUCCAGAGCCUGGGCGAGCGGAUGAACACCUUCGUGCGCUACCUGCUGAAGCGCAUCAAGAAGUGCUGCGGGAUGCGCAACACCGACGUGUCCAUGGAGAACAUGGUGACGGUGGGCUUCUUCUCCUGCAUGGGGACGCUGUGCGUCGGCGCGGCCGCCUUCUCGCAGUGCGAGGACUGGAGCUUCUUCCACGCCUACUACUACUGCUUCAUCACGCUCACCACCAUCGGCUUCGGCGACUACGUGGCGCUGCAGACCAAGGGCGCCCUGCAGAAGAAGCCGCUGUACGUGGCCUUCAGCUUCAUGUACAUCCUGGUGGGGCUGACGGUCAUCGGGGCCUUCCUCAACCUGGUGGUCCUCCGGUUCCUGACCAUGAACAGCGAGGACGAGCGGAGGGACGCCGAGGAGCGGGCGUCGCUGGCCGGGGCCCGGAACAGCAUGGCCGUCCACGCGCCCGAGGAGGCGCUGCGGGGCCGGGCGCGCUGCAAGGCGGACGGGGACCUGCAGUCCGUGUGCUCCUGCUCCUGCUACCGGCCGCAGGGCCGCGUGGGGGGCCGCCCCACGGGACACCAGAACUCCUUCGGCGCCCAGCUCGGCCCGCAGUACUUCCACUCCGUCUCCUACAAGAUCGAGGAGAUCUCCCCGAGCACACUGAAGAACAGCCUCUUCCCGUCGCCCAUCAGCUCCGUCUCGCCGGGGCUGCACAGCUUCACGGACGUGCACAGGCUCAUGCGCCGGCGGAGGUCCAUCUAGGGGGCGGGCGGGGGCGGGGAGGGCCGCGGCAGAAACCGUCACCUGUCACGUCACGUUCCAUCGGCCCCACUCGUCUUGCUUUUUGUUAACUUUUAUUUUUAUU